AUGUGGCUGUUUUCCAUGAUCUCUUGCGUAGUCAGUCCGCGCCACUUUAAGAAGUGGCCCCGGAUCCAGAGUGCAUGCUGCGGAAAACAGCAGCCCUGUGAAAAAGUAACGUACACCACAAAGAGUGCCAGCUGGCAAAACGGAACAAAUAUCUUCCUCGAUUGGCUUCCGUCGUUGGGAAAUGCCGACAGCGCGAUGAAAUUAGCAGCGGACCAGGGUAUUCAGACGUCACAGGGCACGUUGAUAGAAGAUCUGGACAGCCUUCUUGACCUGGUUGCGAGAAUUUCAGAUUACGACGAGCCUCAAGUCCUCAAAAUUCUCGAGCGCCUUGACUCAUUCGACUACAGGAAGCAGUCUAAGUCUCAACCGAGAGGCCCAGUAGCUUGUGCACUGUGGAACAGACCGGAUUGCCAACGACGCCGGCGACUAGAGCUCAAGGGUCUAUCCUCCGUAAGAAUUGCUAAGAGCCUUGGCCGGCAGCGUUACUGCAAGGCAAGUCGCGUACUAUACCGGUGCUCAUGUUGCACAAAUACAUACCUUAAAUGGGGCACCGCCGUUGAUCACUGGCAGACCAAACACAAUGGCCCAGUAAUCAUGUUUUGCAUGUCGUGCGGCCAUCAAUUGUCAGCUGCCAAAGCGAAGAAGCACCAAGCUAUUUGUGGAUGGAAAAUCAUGGACGUAGUUGCAACUCAACCUACUCAGGUUUGGCUCUACUUCCUUCAACAAUUGCUGAGUUUGAACCGCCAGGAAAUUUGUAAUUUGAUAGGAGCAUACCGCCUACGUGAUCCGCCCCGCCAUUAUGACACAAGAAGUAUCCCAUCCCCGAUUCCAUUCCCGGUCUGUUGCGUCCUAAUCUUUAGAAAGGUCUCACCUUCUGGAGGCGUAUCACGGCAACAGUCGCUUGACAAGUUGCGAGACAGAGAGUUGUAUGGUUUGGUUCCAGACGGAGCCUCAGCUGCAAAAGGGGGCUUAUUUGAAAUGAUUAACGCGAUAAUAACAGGCAAGUCGUUGAAAGAUCGAAAACUUCUCGUGUGGGAUCCUGACCUAUUUGAUGAUGCCCAUCAAGAACUUUACCGGUUGCAGCAUAACACAGGAGAAUUCAAAUGGGUGAGACUAGAAGCCGAACAGGGCUUUAUGUCAUUGAAUGAUCAACGUGCCCCAGUGCCUCACUUUCCCUCGACCACGUCAAUAUGCGCUGAGUUGGAAGGAAUCUCCACAAUUAGUAAACGUGAUAGCCACACGAUACACGAGCCAGAGAGUGAAGACUCAAGCGAUGUAAGUUCGAUAGCGGGCAGUGACACUGAACAUCCCUAUGGCGCCGGCUAUGCGUGGCGCGGUGCUCGACGUGCUCGACGAGCUUUCAAGACUAAGCCUAGUCGCUAUAGAGUAGGCCUCUAG